AUGAAUCCCCUCACACAACUCGACAGCCUCGAAAUACGCGUCCUAAUCAACGACCAACUCGACAACAUCGCGCCAUCAUGGCAUCCAGAAGUCCAUGCCCCAGGAAGAUUCGCACAUAUUCGGCUUGCAGAACUCGAUGAGACUGCUGCCAAGGCACGUGGGGAUGCGAAGCUUGAGCUGAGGUUGCCUAAUAGUUGUUGUGGUGCGCAUGGUUUGAGUUUGAUGAUUACUGCUACGGCAGGUGAUGUUCAGCAUACUUUACUUUUCGACGCAGGACCAGAAGGCGAGAUCUGGGAGAAGAACGUCGAGAGACUGGGGUUAGUGAACGAGAUUAGUAAGAUUGAAGUCAUUCAUCUUUCGCAUUGGCAUAGGGAUCAUUCCGGUGUGUAUCAUUCAUACUUUUCCGUAAGUCAAAGACUGACGUUCCAUCAAGGCGGGCUCCGGCGAGCAAUCGAGAUGAUCAAUAAAGCAAAAUCAAAGAGCACCAGUCCGACGAACGUAACGAUGGACCUCCACCCAAACCGACCUUUCUACCGCGGCAUGGUGACCCCAGCAGGACCCAUCAGCCUGGAAGCAGAUCCAACCUUCACCGAACUCGAAGCCGCAGGAGCCACCGUCACCAAGAACGCACAAGGCCACAAUAUCCUCGACGACAUGUUCUUCGUUUCUGGACAAAUCCCACGAACCACGUUGUAUGAAACUGGAAUUUCCGGCGGGAUCCGCCUAGACGACAGCGAUGCCGGCUGGCAGGCUGACCCACUUAUUCUGGACGAGAGGUUCGUCAUGUGCAAUUUGAGGGGUAAAGGGCUCGUGGUGUUUACUGGAUGUAGCCAUGCCGGCGUUGUGAAUGUGUCAAGGCACGCGGUGGAGGUUGGUGGUGGUGUUCCAUUGUAUGCUGUCGCUGGCGGGUUUCACCUCUCUGAUGCGCAGCUGGAUAAGGUACAGGAAACUACGAAUGAUCUGGCUAAGCUGGAUCCGAAGGUUUUGAUGCCUGGACAUUGUAGUGGAUGGAGGGUUCAGGUUGAGGCGGAGCGGAUCAUGCCUGGGAGGGUUGUGCCUAUUUAUGCUGGACAAAAAUAUGGGUUGUCUGCUCUGCUGUAG